UGGGAUAACUUCCGGGGUCAGGCGGUGGCUGCUCAAAUCCUCCACAGUGACGUCCCCCACACAAGACAAUGGUCCUUUUCCUGACUGACCCACCAAGGAUGGGUAAGGACAGAAAGGAGAUGGCCAAGAAAAUAUUACAACUUACCCUGGAGAUCAUCUACCUGCUGACUGGAGAGAAUUACACAGUAGUGAAGAAGACAUUUGUUCAGUCAGAAAGAUGGAGCUGGACUCAGAGUCCCAUCACCGACCCUCCACCCGACUCACUGAUAAAUGAAAGAAACAGUGAUGAGAAGAUCCUAGAAGUCACCAAUAAGAUCAUUGAGCUGCUGACUGGAGAGAGUGAAGAUGUAACGAAUUUAAGAGUUGAGGCAGUACAAGGAGCAGAGACGUAUGUGAGGACUGAUCAGCAUUGUAAAGAGGAGCAAAUUCCAGUAGAUAUCUGUCCAGAUGAACCAAGGGACAAACCUCCUCCGGAGCGAUACCCUCUUUAUUCUCAAGAUUGCAAAGGAGAAUACAUUGUAUCCCAGGAUCAUGAGGAUGAAGAGCUGAUAAAUAUAAAAGUUGAGGCUUUAACAUGUGAAGAAGAGCCAUAUGUGAGGAAUGAUCUUCAGUGUAAAGAGGAGGAAAUUCCUGUGGAUAUAAGCCCCGCAGAUGACUACGCCAGGAUUCCAGAAGGACAUAUUAUUUUAUUUCCAGAUUAUCAAACAGAAGAUCCUGAUAUCAAUCAAGAUAAAUCUGGAGAAAACCACACGGCCCCUAAAAUGUCCCCAGCCCUUUACAGCAGAGAGCCGUGGGAGAUAGUCCCAUGUUGUGAAUGCAGGAAAGAUUUUACAAAGAACUUGGAUGUUUCUCAAGACACAGGAUCUCCUAGUGACGAACAGUUGUACUCCUGUUCACAAUGUGGGAAAUGUUUAAUUGAGAAAUCCAUUCUUUUUGAACAUCGACGGCCAGGCCAGAAGCCAUUUUCAUGUUUGGAGUGUGGGAAAUGUUUUUCACGUAAACAUCAUCUUGAGAGACAUCAGAUAAUUCACACCGGGGAGAAACCAUUUUCAUGCCCACAGUGCGGGAGAUGUUUUUCACGCAAACAUCAUCUUGAGACACAUCAGAGAAUUCACACAGGGGAAAAGCCAUUUUCAUGUACAGAGUGCGGGAGAUGUUUUGCACAGAAAUCAGUUCUGAAAGAACACAGAAAAAUUCACACAGGGGAAAAACCAUUUUCAUGUUCAGAAUGUGGGAAAAAGUUUGCCCAGAAGAACGUUCUUGUUGAACAUCAGAGAACUCACACGGAUAGCUUCACUAAAGACUUGAAGAGACAUCGCCUUUUAUCUCCAAAAGAUGAAGUAGGAUUUAAUAUCGGCCUUGAUAAAUCUGGAAUACCACCCAUUAACCCAAAUAUAUCCCUAGUUCUUCAAACCAGAGUGCCAUCAUCUGAUCAUAGUCAUCCAAAGAAAGACCCAUUUGAUCAAACUGUAGUUCUCAACAGAGGUAAAGUAUUUCCAUGCUCUGAAUGUGGUAAACUUUUUAAGCACAACUCAAGUCUAUCUAUACACAAGAGAACUCACAGUGAUGAGCGGCCAUAUUCAUGUUCAGAAUGUGGGAAAAGCUUUACCCAAAAAUCAGUUCUUGUUGAACAUGAAAGAAUUCACACAGGGGAGAAGCCAUUCUCAUGUUUGGAAUGUGGGAGAUCUUUUGCCCAGAAAUCUGCCCUUGUUAAACAUGAGAGAACUCACACGGGGGAGAGGCCAUAUCCAUGUCUGGAAUGUGGAAAAUGUUUUACCCAGAAGUCUUCUCUUGUAAAGCAUCAGAGACGUCACACAGGAUACAAGCCAUUUUCAUGUUCAGAAUGUGGGAAAUGUUUUAUCCAUAAAUCAGAUAUUUUGAGACAUGAACGAACUCACCUGGCAUGAGAAGCCAUUUUUGUGCUCAGAUUGUAUAAAAUCUUUUGCCCAUAAAUCAGAAUUUGUUGAGAAACCAUUUCCAUAUAAAAAUAUGAAAUAAGAUCUAGUUAGACAUCACAAAAUGUAGAGACAUGAAACUGUUUUCUUGUUUUGAUUGUGAGAAAUGUUGGACAAUUCUUGUAAAUAAACAUCUGUCUGUAAAAUCAAAUAUUAUAAAUGUGUUUUACAUUGUGAGGGUUAAUUUCUUAAUCCACAUUAAUUUCAUUCCUUCUAUUAAUGUAUAGGCUUCCUUUACAUGCUGACAACUCAAGUCAUUCAGACCAACUAGACAUUUAAAAGUCCAUUCAUAACCAAACUACAAAGUCUAUGAGUUUUGUUCAGAUUUACACAGGCUAACAGAUCCAGCAGUCAGCAUGGAAGGGGAGGUUUCUAAAGUACAACCUGAAAUGCGAAAAAAUUUAAAAUGUAAAUAAAUGUAAUUAAAAACAGAAUACAAAGAUCUGUAACUCUCAUGGACCCAUAUUUUAUUUAUAAUAGAUUAUAGAACACAUAUCCUAAUCAGAAAGUGCGAAAUUUUCUGAUUUCAUGAAAAAAUUACUCUUUUAGAACUUAUGGCAGCAAUGCAUCUCAAAAGUUGAGACAGAGCCAUGUCUACUAUUUUGUAGCAUUUAGUGUUGAGCGAACUUUUGUUUUCAAGUUUGGCUUACAAGGUUUUGGUUAUCUAAGAAUUCCGUUAUGGAUUCAGCUACCACCGACCAUAACUUAUGGUCCAUGGUAGCGGAAUCCAUAACGGAAUUCUUAGAUAACCCGAACAUUGUAAGCCGAACUUGAAAACAGAAGUUGUUCAUCCCUAGUAGCAUCCCCUCGUCUUUUAACAGUGGUCUGUAAUCAUCUGGGAAGUUAGGAGACCAAUUACUGGAGUUUAGGGAAAGGAAAAUUGUCCCAUUCUUGCCUGAUGUAGAGUUCUAGUUGCUCAACAGUCCUGGGUCUUCUUUGACAGAUUUUUCAUUUCAUGAUGCACCAAAUAUUUUCUAAUGGGGAAAGGUCUGGACCACAGGCAGAUCAGUUCCCCACCCGGACUACUCUGUGAAGCCAUCCUGUGAUGGAUACAGUAUGUGGUUUAGCAUGGUCUUGCUCAACUGUGCAAGGCCUUCUUUGAAAGAGACAUCUGGAUGGGAGCAUAUGUUGUUCUAAACCCUCUAUAUACUGUUCAGCAUCAAUAGUGCCUUUCCAGAUUUCUAAGCUUCCCACCCUAUAGGCACUAAUGCAACCCCAUACCAUACGAGAUGCAGGCAUUUGAAUUGUGCAUUGAUAUCAAGCUGGUGGUCCCCCUCCUCUUAGUUUUCCAUUUUGCCUCAGUCCAUUUUGAAUGAGCUUUGGCCCAGAGAAGACAGCAGCGUUUCUGGAUCGUGUUGACAUAUGACUUCUUUGCAUGAUACAGCUUCCAUAUGUGGAUUGCACAGUUCACAGACACUGAUUUCUGGAUGUGUUCCUGAGCCUUUGCAGUGAUUUCCAGUGCCGCCUGAGGGCCUGUAGAUCACGAGCAUCCAAUAUUGACCUUGUCCCUUGUGCACAUGAUUUCUUCAGAUAUUCUGAAUGUUUUGAUGAUAUUAUACUGAACAAAAAUAUAAACGCAACACUUUCAGUUUUGCUCCGAUCCAGAGCAUCCCAAACAUGCACAAUGGGUGACAUGUCCGGUGAGAAUGC